UAUUGUGCCGAAAGUUAACUUACUAAUCCAAAGCACAAUACGGCGUAUAUAGAUAGUGCCCUCCAGUGCAUCCGGUGACCUGCAGGCGGAAUCGGGUUGGUCCCAUGAGGUUGUGAUAUAUACAUACUUAUCGUUUGCGCCGGUGGACAAGAUGUGGAAACUGCUGCAGUGUUCGCGAAAUGUUUCCGCAGUUUCUGGACUUCCCAGGCGGAGGUGUUCACCUGGCCUUUCGGACGCAGUGCGUCUGGCUAGUGGCCAGACGGAUCAGGCGGAUGAGCGGGUGCUGCGGAAGCGGAAGUUCCAGCCGCAGCAGGCGGCGGAUCUCAGCGAGGAACUGGCCGGUCAGCUGCCCGUCAAAUCGCGGGUGGUCAUCUGUGGCGGCGGCAUCACCGGCGCCUCGGUGGCCUAUCACCUGGGGCUGAGUGGGUGGGGCGGUGAAACGCUGCUCGUGGAGCAGGAUCGCGUCGGUGGCGAGCUGCCCUGGACCGCCUGCGGAUUGGCGGGUCGCUUCGAGCCCAGCUACACGGAACUCAAGCUGGCCGAGUACUCCAUUGAUCUGAUCAAGCGACUGGCGGAGAACGGAUUGCCCACCGGUUGGCGGCCGGUGGGUAGCCUGAAUCUGGCCCGAAGCUGGGACCGCAUGACCGCCUUCAAUCGCAUGAAAUCGCAGGCCUUGGCCUGGGGCAUGCGUUGCGAAAUCCUCUCGCCAGAGCAGUGCGCCCAGCACUGUGAACUGCUCUCCUUGGACGGCAUUGAAGGUGGCCUUUGGAUACCUGAAGACGGGGUCUGUGAUCCGCAGCUAGUGUGCCAGGCCUACAUGACCGAGGCGCAGCGAUUGGGAGUGCGCAUCGUCGAGCAUUGUGCCAUCAAGAAGAUCCACAGCGAGCACGGCAAGGUGCGGAGUGUGGAGACAACAGCUGGCGAUGUGGAGUGCGAGUACUUUGUGAACUGCACGGGCUUCUGGGCACGCGAGGUGGGCACUUUGUCCAAGCCGGUGGUGAAGGUGCCACUCAAGGCAGUGGAGCAUCACUAUCUGCACACGAAACCCAUCGAGGGACUCAGUCCGGACACGCCCUUCGUCCGGGAUUUCGAUGGACGCAUCUUCUUUCGGGAGUGCGAAGGUCACAUCCUCGCAGGCGGCUUCGAGCGCGAGGCGAAGAUGGUGUACGAAGAUGGAGUGAUUCCCCUGUCGCAGUCGGCUCGCCAACAUCCGCCGGACUGGGAUCACUUUCACGAGCUGCUCGAUGCCCUGUUGCUGCGCGUUCCCUCCUUCAGAGAUGCCACGUUGGAUAGACUCACAAACUCGCUGCAGGUCUUCUCGCCCGACUGCAAGUGGAUCCUGGGGGAAGCGCCAGAAAUUCAAAAUUACUAUGUGGCGGCUGGCAACAAGACCAUGGGUGUGUCCGCAUCCGGAGGCAUUGGACGCGUCCUCACCGAUCUAAUAACCAAAGGAUCUACUUACCUCGACCUGCACAUCCUGGACAUCAGUCGGUUUCUGGGGCUGCACAACAACCGCAAGUUCCUGCGGGAUCGCUGCAAGGAGGCGCCGGGCAAGCACUUCGAAAUCAACUACCCCUUCGAGGAGUUCCAGACCGGCAGAAACCUGCGCAUGUCGCCCAUCUACCCGCAGCUCAAGGAGGCGGGCGCCGUUUUUGGCCAGUCGAUGGGUUACGAGCGACCCAACUACUUCGAUCAGCAGGACAAGCACGAUGAAUUCGGCUUGCCGCGUUUUCGGAUUGCCCAAACGCGAACCUUUGGCAAGCCGCCGUGGUUUGAUCACGUGGCCUCGGAAUACCGGGCCUGUAGGGAACGCAUUGGCAUAGCGGACUACAGCUCCUUCACGAAGUACGACUUCUGGUCGAAGGGCAACGAGGUGGUGGACCUGCUGCAGUACCUCUGCUCCAACGACGUAGACGUGGCCGUGGGCUCUAUCAUUCACACGGGCAUGCAGAAUCCCAAUGGGGGCUACGAGAACGACUGCUCCUUGGCACGCCUCUCCGAGCGGCACUACAUGAUGAUUGCACCCACCAUUCAGCAAACGCGCUCCAUGUGCUGGAUUCGCAAACAUAUGCCCAAUCACCUGAGGGCCAAGGUGAACGUGGCGGAUGUGACCUCGAUGUACACGGCCAUCUGCAUCCUAGGACCCUACUCCCGCAUCCUGCUCUCCGAGCUUACCGACACCGAUCUCACGGCCAAGAGCUUUCCCUUUUUCACCUAUAAGGAACUGGAUGUGGGCCUGGCCGACGGUAUCCGAGUGCUGAACAUCACCCAUACGGGUGAAUUGGGCUAUGUCCUGUAUAUUCCCAACGAAUAUGCCUUGCAUGUGUACUCGCGACUUUACCAGGCAGGCCAAAAGUUCAACAUACAGCAUGCAGGUUACUACGCCACCCGCGCCCUGCGCAUUGAGAAGUUCUAUGCCUUUUGGGGACAGGAUCUGGACACCUUUACCACGCCGCUGGAGUGUGGACGCAGCUGGCGCGUCAAGUUCAAUAAACCCAUCGACUUUAUUGGCCGCAAUGCGCUACUAAAGCAGCGCGAGGAGGGCGUCAAGCGCAUGUAUGUGCAGCUCUUGCUGAACGACCACGAUCACGAGGUGGACAUGUGGUGCUGGGGCGGCGAGCCCAUCUACCGCGACGGGGUCUACGUGGGUAUGACCACCACCACCGGCUAUGGGUACACGUUCGAGAAGCAGGUCUGCCUGGGCUUCGUGCGAAACUUCGACGACGAGGGACGGGAGCUGCCGGUGACCAAUGAGUACGUGCUGUCCGGCCACUACGAGGUGGAGGUGGCCGGCGUGCGGUUCGAGGCCAAGGUCAAUCUGCACUCGCCCAAUCUGCCCACCAAGUUCCCGGAUCGGGAACGCGAGGCCUACCAGGCCACGCGCGACAAGCCGGACCAGGCGGAUCUUCUAUCGUAUGGCGGUGUGACCACGGUCAAAGGCACCGGAAUACCAACGGAUGGGCACGGACUGUAGGGAUCGACGGAGCUGGGCUGGCUCCCGCCCGACCAAUAUCAUCUGCCAUCUGGACGUGCCAAGCAAUGGAGCACUCACUUCGUUCAUUUCUAGUUCAACUCGAGAGUCUCAAAAGCAAAGCGAUAUUAUUCAAUUUAGUACGAUAGGGAAUCGAGCGAAUAUGAGAUAGGCAAAUGGCUACAAUACAACCAAGAGGUUAGGCUGCUUAACUUAGAGGAAACACACAAAUGUGGUGAAAUGUUGAGUAAGUCAACUGGAUAGGAUAUUCAUGGAAAGUUUUUGUUCUUGCAAUUUGAAUUUGUUAAUGGAGAUUUUGAACGAAUUGGUUAACAACUUUGGUUAGAUCUAAGUACCAGAACGCUGGAAAAUGUGGUUAGCUUUUAGGUAAUUUUGAUUGUUUGUCAAGAGUGGUGUCAAUUAAAGGUGUAUGUACAAUAAGCUCCACAUGCGAUGUAUAUAUAAGAAUCUUCCGUGAUAUUGGAAUAAUUGAGGUUUUGCACAUUGUUAAAAAAUGACACAAACAGGUUACAAAUUUUGCUCAAGAAAACAAAAAAAAUAAAUAAAUAAUAUCAAAGGUGUUCAUGAAAAAGAAGAUAAACAAAUAGAACCUAUUUCUGAGCAGAUUUUUCAGACAGUUUUGAUUGACUCUUUUUUUUUACUAACCCAGACGAUUGACUUUGUAAUUUAUGGUGUGCUACUAUAUGAAUCACACCCCAUAUUAUACAUUGUAUUGUGCUAUAUUUAUACA